CAUAUUCGGCAAUUCGUCUCUCCGAGCUGACGACUCUCAUUGGCAGAGACACAGAGAGAGAGAGAGAGAAAAGCUCUGAAAUUCUACUAAACUGGAUUGUAUCUCCACACGGAUUUCCAAUUGUUUUGAAGAUCCGGUGCCUUUUUGCCGCAAAGAACUCGCCAUUCCGGCGGGAAAAUCUGUUUUUUCUUGUUUCAGGCGAAGUGGUUAACUGACGUAGAUAUUGAGCUUUCGUCUUCUCAGUUUUCCGGAGUUUUUAGGGUUCAUCUGGAGUUCGAUUUUGACUAAAAAUUUGGGGAUUUUUGAAGGGAAUCUGCCAAUCUGGUGUUUGAAUCCCGGGAGGAAUGGUGGUGAAGAUGAUGAAAUGGCGGCCAUGGCCGCCUCUGUUGUCGAAGAAAUUCGAGGUGAAGCUGGUUUUGCGAAGGAUGGAGGGGUUUCAGGUUGGGACGGAUGAGGGGGAGAAGUCAGGGGAGACUCGGAGAUUAAUGGUGGAGAUCAGAUGGAAGGGUCCGAAGGUCGCUUUGAGUUCUUUGAGACGGACGCUGAAAAGGAACUUUACUAAGGAGGAGGAAGCGAAGAGCGAUGGGGUUGUUGAGUGGAACGAGGAGUUUCAGAGUGUAUGCAGUCUUUCAACUUACAAGAACAAUGUGUUUCAUCCAUGGGAGAUCGCAUUUACGGUCUUCAAUGUUUUGAAAUCAGGACCAAAGAAUAAGGUUCCAGUUGUUGGUACAGCAUUAUUAAGCAUUGCAGAAUUUGCUUCUACAGCUGAAGAGAAAGAGCUUGAAAUAAAUGUCCCUCUCAUUCUGCUUAGUGGCAAUGUUGAUCCUCAGCCCUCUCUUUGUUUAUCUCUCAGGUUAUUGGAAUUGAGAACCACCCAAGAGCAUGCAGAGACAGUACCAAGAUCGAUAGUUCCGGUUCCAUUGUCACCUCAGUCUGGAGAAUCUAUCUCAGCAGAGAGGGAUGAUUUUUCCGCUCUCAAAGCAGGUCUAAGAAAAGUAAAAAUAUUCACAGAGUAUGUAUCGACUCAAAGAUCUAAGAAGGCAUUCCAUGAGGAAGAGGGGAGUGAGGGCAGGUGCUCUGCAAGGAGUGACAAUGCUGAUUGUAUAUACCCAUUUGACACAGACUCCCUUGAUGAUUUUGAUGAUGGAGAAUUGGAGGAUGGGAAGGGAGAUUCUAGUUUUAGGAAGUCAUUCAAUUAUGGUACCUUGGCAUAUGCAAACAGCACUGAGAGAUCAUUUUACUCUGACAAGAGGAUCAGUGAGGAUUAUGAGGAUUGGAUUUACUACAGCAACCGCAAAUCAGAUGUGAGCUGCUUGCAUGUCAAGGAUUCAGUGGCAUCAAUCUCUGAUCAAGCUAGUUCAAAGCGAAGCAUCCUGCCUUGGAGGAAGAGGAAGUUAAGUUUCAGAUCUCCUAAAUCUAAAGGGGAACCACUGUUAAAGAAAGCCUAUGCAGAAGAGGGUGGAGAUGACAUUGAUUAUGAUCGCCGGCAGCUUAGCUCCUCAGAUGAAUCCUUUUCUCUAGGGUGGCACAAGGCUGAUGAAGAUUCAAGUGCAAAUCGAUCAUCAAUGUCCGAAUUUGGAGAUGACAAUUUUGCCGUAGGCAACUGGGAGCAAAAGGAGAUUAUAAGCCGUGAUGGACACAUGAAGCUCCAAACUCAAGUCUUUUUUGCUUCCAUCGAUCAACGUAGUGAGCGGGCUGCUGGGGAAAGUGCAUGCACUGCCCUGGUUGCUGUAAUUGCUGAUUGGUUCCAGACCAACCGUGAUGCAAUGCCCAUCAAGUCCGAGUUUGACAGCUUGAUCAGGGAAGGCUCCCUAGAGUGGAGAAACCUCUGUGAGAAUCAGAUGUACAGGGAGCGUUUCCCAAACAAGCACUUUGACCUUGAGACAAUCCUCCAGGCCAAGAUCCGCCCCCUUUCUGUUGUCCCUAGGAAGUCAUUCAUUGGGUUCUUUCGUCCAGAUGCGAUAGAUGAGGAGGGUUUUGACUUUUUACAUGGUGCCAUGUCCUUUGAUAACAUCUGGGAUGAGAUCAGUCAUGCAGGGAUGGAGUGCCCCAAUAAUGGUGACCUCCAGAUCUACAUUAUCAGCUGGAAUGACCAUUUUUUUGUCCUCAAGGUUGAACCAGAAGCAUACUAUAUCAUUGACACGUUAGGGGAAAGGCUGUUUGAAGGCUGUAACCAGGCUUACAUCCUUCAAUUUGACAAGCAUACAACAAUCCGAAAAAUGCCUAGUGAAGCACAGACGUCAGAGGAAAAAGCUGCUGGUGAUCAGCAGAGAGUGCCUGCUGCAGGGGAAUCCAGAACACAGCAGAACAAUCAUAAGGAAGCUCCAGCAGCAGGGCCUCCAGUACCAACAAAGCCAGAUGAAUCUGGAAAGACUGAGGCUGAAGAGGAAGUUAUGUGUAGAGGGAAGGAGUCAUGCAAAGAGUACAUCAAAAACUUCUUGGCGGCGAUUCCCAUAAGGGAAUUGCAGGCAGAUAUCAAGAAGGGGUUGAUGGCAUCUACUCCUCUUCAUCAUCGGCUUCAAAUUGAAUUCCACUACACAGAGUUACAACAGCCAGAGCCCGAACCUCCGGCAGAAGCAACAUCAGUGGCACAGAUGGUGGUGGCAGUGACAGAGGUAGCCUGCUGAGAUAGUUGUGUAAAUUGUGGGUUGUGAUUAUCCUAAAAUUUUCCAUUCUUCUUUUGGUGAUACCCGAUGUUGAAUGGGUCAAGAAAAGAUGAUCCCAUUUUAAGUUUUGAGUGCUCUUUUUCAUCUGCAGAGUGCUGUUCUUCUCUACAUUGAGCAGGGAAGCAAAUAAGGACAUCUCUGUUAGAUGUGUUUUGUGUGUGCAUAAGAGACUGUUACUAUAUUUUUCACGUCUCUUGUGGUUUAAAAAAAUGGGUUGGACUGGCGGAUCAUGUACAUGGACAGUCUAGUUGUGUCUAUAACUUCCUUUUGAGUCUCCAAAACUACAGUUGUAACUUCUAAUAUCUAUAGAACUCUUUCAAGAAUUUCAUGAGA